AUGAGUGCUAUAAAAGCCUUUCAAACGAAAAAUGGAUUACGAGGAACACAAAAAGAUCCAAACAAUCGAUACAUAAGCCUACAGUACAAAGAAACCGACGCGGUUAAUAUUCCCGGCUUCUUCUCUAACGCUUGCUUUAUUGGAAAACUUAGCAAAAAGCAAACUGUGCCACUAAUUACUUUUAAUUCGUCUUCUCACUGGGUGUGGAACGCCACGGCGUCGUCGGUGGAGGGCCGCGGUGCGGGCGGGGCGGACGAUCCCGCGCCCUCGCCCGCGCCCGACGCGGAGGCGCCCGUGCGCCGGCGCCGCCACCGCCCGCUCUAUCGCCGCCUCUUCCACUAUGUCCGCACCGCCUGGACUGGCGUCAAGUUUGCAUUAGGUCUCACAGCGCAGUCAGAAAAUUCGGAACUCGAGGAGCUGGGUGAACAACUGCCGCGGUACCGGCCGGACUCGAUAGCGGCACUGCGGCGCGCCACACGCUUCACGGAGCCCGAGCUCAAGCGCCUGUACCGGGGCUUCAAGGCUGAAUGCCCCACAGGAGUCGUCAAGGAGGAAACUUUCAAACUUAUUUAUUCGCAGUUCUUUCCGCAAGGAGCAAACACCGCUCAGUACGCGCACUUUGUAUUCAACACAUUGGACCAAGACAGAAGCGGCCUGCUAAGUUUUGAGGAAUUUGUAACCGGGCUAUCAAUAUUAUCGAGAGGGACCCUAGAAGAAAAACUAAGAUGGACGUUUUCACUGUACGAUAUCAAUGGCGACGGCUGCAUUACUAAGGAGGAAAUGACUGAGAUCGUCACCGCCAUAUACGACCUCAUGGGAAAGAUCGUGGAGCCCAUGUUGGAAGAUGAUGUGAUAAGGGAGAAAGUUGAAAGACUGUUUCAGAAAAUGGACUUGAACCGCGACGGCGUGCUGACACUAGACGAGUUCCUGGACUGCUGCCUGCGCGACGAGGACAUCUCGAGGUCGAUGGGCGUGUUCGACAGCAACUUCUGACGGCCCGCGGCCGCGCGGGCCUCCACGUGCCGCGUCCCAUGACAUUCACCCGUCACCUCAUAUUGUACAUAAGGUCCUGCAAUUCUGCCAAUAAUACGUACCACGUAUUGUAAAAGUAGUUAGGAAAACGAAUGUUGGUAGUGCGGUAUCAUAUGCCACUUGGUGUCAUAGAUUUGUGUUACCACUUAUAGUUAUCCCCUUAAUUGUUAUUGCCAGACCAAUUAAGAAUCACGUGGAUACACAAUGUAUCUUUAAUUGGAUUACUAUUAUUGUAAAAAGAAAUGCCUUAUUUAUAAGAAGCUUUAGCGAAGAUAAAGUGGAUUCAUAGGUGUUUGUAAGUGGCACCAGUUGCUAUGUAAUAGGAAAGGAAAUGACUUGUUUUGUAUGUAGGCAUCAACAAUGCGAUGAUGUAAGGCUUAUUUUGUACUAAUAAUUAUUAGGACCUUUACUAUAGUUCGGCCAUUCAGAGAAUGCGUUCCUGACACGUCGCGAUUGAACUGACGACGUAACUUUGCAAUGGCGUUGCAGUUACGAUAAAAAUAUUUUUGCUGGUUGUUUACCGU